UUUCUUAACGUCUCUUUCUCUGAUUGGCUCCUGAAGAGUAAACCCUACAUUCCGCAGCAGUUUGCUGCAGCAGCUUUUCCACUGCCAAGUGUGGUCUUUCACUCACCUGGAGUCUUUGCUCACUCUGUGGGCUGCCCACUCCAAGUUCACACUGCUUCUCACUUCGCACAUUUGAUUGCCGGCUGCACAUUGGAUUGAGGUUUGUGGAAACAUGUUUGCGUCAGCUGCAACUGUCAUCACUUUGCUGAGUUUCUGUUCGCUGCAUCCUACUUUUGGACAGGACUGUCCUAGUAGACAGGAAAUACAGGGAUCUCUGAAGCAGGUCCAGAAGCUUCUCUCAGCCCAUGAAGCUUCGUACAUGCAGAGUUUACGCAACCUGAAGAAGAAAAUAAACCUGCUGCAGAGCAGUGCAGCAAAGCAGACUACAAGAGUCAUCAACAGUACCUGCCCAAAAUUGGAUGCACCCAUCAAUGGGAGGAAACUCGGCAGAUCACACAGCAUGGGCCAUGAGGUUCACUUCCUGUGUGACCCCGGCUAUGAACUGGUGGGAUCAGAGAGCAGGGUUUGUCAGGAAAGCUUGACCUGGAGCGGGCAGCAGCCCACCUGCCGAGACAUCAAUGAGUGUGCGUCCUCCCCCUGCCUGAAUGGUGGGACGUGUGUGGAUGAAGUGAACCAGUUCUCUUGUGUCUGUGCCAAAGGCUGGGCUGGAGCCACCUGCCAGAGCCCCAUGCCAACAUUCUUUGUCACCAUGACAAACACCUCUGCCGCCACCUCCCCAGCCACCGCUGCUGCUGCUACUUUACCAGCUGCCACCACUGGGCCCUUUGUUCGUCCAUCACGUUGCACUAUGGUUCAGGGGACCACCCACUGCACCUGUGAGCCAGGAUACACCAUCUCUGGCAGAGACAGCAACAUCUGCACUGAUAUAGAUGAAUGUGAGCUGUUCCAUAACGGACAGGCUGGGAGGCUAUGUUUACAUGCUUGUAUUAACACCCCUGGAGGAUACCGCUGUUCCUGUCCUGUUGGAUACAAUGUGACCCGUGAUGGGCGCAGCUGCAAAGACAUUGAUGAGUGUGCCACCAGACAAAACAACUGCACAAAGGACCAGACGUGCAUUAACACAUACGGUGGUUUCCAGUGUGUCCGCGUGGACUGCCCCAAAAUCCCUAAUGCUACAUAUGUCAAAACAUCACCUAUGCGCUGUGAACGUAACCCCUGCCCUGUGGACAACAAGGCAUGUCCUCAGACCCCAAACUCCUUUUCCUACCAUUACCUGGCUGUUGUAUCCAACCUGUCAGCUCCCCGCGUCAUGUUCCGGGUUUCAGCGUUGCGUCCCAUGGGUGACACGCUUCGCUUCUCCCUGCUGGGGGGAAGGCAAGCUCGGCGCCACUUCACAGUCCAGCGUUCAGACCGUCUGACAGGUCAGCUGAUGUUGGUGAGCCCCGUGCAGGGCCCUGCCACUCUUGAGGCUGAAGUGGAGAUGAGCGAGCUGGAGAAACGAGUCCAGCUGGGGAGGUACAUCACCAAAGUCACCAUGUUUGUUUCCCCAUAUGAGUUUUAAAAAAAAAAGAAGAAUGAGAGGGAACACACUUAGGGCCAAAGAGCACAAGGGUCAAACAAACGGCUGGUAUGGAUUUAGCUAAGGACUCUACACUUGGUCAUUGAUGUGUGAUAAUCUGAUGUAACAUGGUGAUCAUAUUUAAAGUCACCUGUACUUUUACUAAAGGAGCUGCUGCAGCCAGAUGUCAAAAGUGUAUUAAAGUAAGCAUAAACCAGCAUAUUGACUCUCAGGUGAUGGUGGAACAACACCACUGUUUUAAACAGCUGUAUGCAAGAAAUGUUAUAGAAUAUGGGUUCUUCAGAGGUAUUGGUAUAGAAAUGCAAAUUGAGUGAUGUAUUUUUGGGUGACUUAACAGGAGUUUUGUAUGGAUUAACCAAAACAUAUUUAUUGCAGAAAGAUAGAAAUGAGUGCAGGAGGAAUAACAAGUAAAUUACAUGAUGUAGCAGACUGUAAACUAGCAGUUGAUUGAAGGAUACUUGAAGUAAGCUGAACCAGAAAAGAUGUAGACAGUCCACCCUCAAAGCAAGUGCUAUUUUUUUAAAUGACAAGUCCUGCCAUCAGCGGACAUUUAUGUUAUGUGUACUAUACAUGUAAUCAUGA